AGGCCGCGGGGCCGGGACUUCCGUGGGUGUGCGGGUGGCUUCCGUGCCGUGAUCGCGCUGCGUUCGGGGCCUGGUGGGGGACGAUGAGCGGCGGCCGGCGGAAGGAGGAUCAGACGUCGCACCCGCAGCAGCAGCAGCAGCAGCACCACCCGGUGGCCAACGGCGGCGUCCUGCGGGGCUCUCUGUGGAGCAAGGCGCUGCGGAGCGACUCCGCCUGGGAGGACAAGGAUGAGUUUCUAGAUGUGAUUUAUUGGUUCCGGCAGAUCAUUGCUGUUAUUUUGGGAGUGAUCUGGGGCAUUGUUCCGCUAAAGGGAUUUAUAGGCAUAGCAAUAUUCUGCCUCAUAAAUGCCGGUGUCCUGUACCUCUAUUUUAGUAGCUUCCAACAGAUAGAUGAAGAGGAGUAUGGAGGAACAUGGGAGCUAACAAAGGAAGGGUUCAUGACAUCUUUUGCACUGUUUUUGGUUGUCUGGAUAAUCUUCUUCACUGCCAUCCAUUAUGAUUGAUAAAAUAAGCCAAAUCAGUUGUCAUAAGAGAUCAAAUAACACUUUAAGAAAUCGCCUCUGAUGGACUGGGUGGAGGUAAAAUAAGCCUGCUUUUCUACCCAAGGUCCGAGGAGAUGGGACAAGCUUCACGGCUUCUGAGAAGAGAAAUUCAAUCUGGGUUGAUUUUUUUAAAGUGUUGCUUUUCUGGAACUUAAAAAAGCCAUCACAAUAUUAAGCAGUUCAAGACUGUUCAAUCUUCUAAUCCUUUCUGUGACCUUAUCCACUACAGUGACAACCAACCUCUGUUUGCUAAAGGGGGAACUUAGUAAUUAACUUAUGCCCACUAUGUUGCCCUCUCCAAAUGAGAUCUGUUCAAUUUGUGACUUGUCUUCCAUUUGACAACAUACAGUUUUAAAACUGUAGCCACCAUAAAGUUCUUGGCAGGAGAAAAAUGCUAUGGAAUUUAUUAUUGAGCACAGAAUUUGAUGGUUGUCUUCAGUUUAUUUUAAGAAAAUUAAAGGUUUGAUUUCAGUAAACUGAUUGUAUUAAGUAUUAAUAUUUUUAACUGGGUCAUUGAGGGCUUCUUAGUUUGGUUAUAACCAGAAUCUUGAGAUUAUUUCUUAAAAACGUUGAGAUUAUAAUUCCUAUUGAUGAUUGUUGAGUAUGCCUGGUUUGUUUGUAUAAUCUCUAAAAAGUCACAAUGUUAAGAGCACCUUAAUGUUUCAAUUAGCCAACUAAUUAAUUUCUCAGAGCCUACCUCAGAGUUCCAUGGUCUAAAUGCACAAAGUUACUCAAGACAUAUUUAAGAACUUAGUUACUUAGAGGUUUCUACAGGUAUUUGGAGUACAAACCCACUCAGUUUCCAGUUUUAAUAAAUAAUUGAAAAAAAUUAAUAUAAUGAAGGCAGCUAACGUCUUGUACAUGGAACUAUUCCGCAGUGGAAAUAGAUUGGGCUACCGUUUUGAUUUAGUGAUUAUAAGUAUUGUAGAGAAUAAUAAUGCAUAAGGGGCUAUGCAGUAUUUUAGGCUACUUAUGGUUCUUAUUCAUAGAUUUUUCCAGGAAUAUUUUAAAAAUACAUACAAGACUAUCUACAUGGCUGUUUUCAAGAGGUAGACUUAGCUGUUCUAAUCUUAAUUGAAGAUUAAAUGGAAGAGGAAGGAGGGUUGUCUUAAGACUGCCUUAUGGUGAGAAUUUGACCUGAGUCUUAAUACACUGUGGAUGGAUUCUGUCGUUAUCCUUGCUCCUCUGUUAAACCCUCUUUUUGCCUACUUUGCUUUCUGAGUUAACUUUCUUGAUACUGCAAAUCUUAUCUUGUCCCCCUCCCCACUGCUGAGUUCUAACAUCGGAGGAGAAUUCUGUCAUAAGAAAGGCAGAAGUACUAUAGGUGCUGAGAGCCAUUAUUAGGGCUUUUCUUGCAGGUCUUUGUUGCCAACUUACUGAAUAGUUUUACAUUCAGUCUACUCAUAUGUUGUGUGGAUUAGUCUCUUCUUCUCCCUAAAACUUGAUUUCUGCUAGCAUUUAAAUUAAAUUUCUCAGUCAGCAUCUGAUUUUGUUUACUAAAAGCUACAGUCACUCAACCAUUAUAUUAGAUAAUUUUAUACAUGAACAUGCUCUAAUAAACGUCAUGUGGUUAUAAUGUC